AUGACAUCCGGGGAAUCUAAAGCCAAGCCCAACUUAAUGGCACCUCCAUAUUCCAACAUCAUGGAAGACCAGAACCCUUACAAAGAACUAGAUCGAGGUGACUCCCCUCAGAUCCGUUUACUCAAGAUCGAAUCAGCAAAGAGCAACAACGAAGUUAUAAAAGUCAAUCUCUACACCAAGAGCUUGGAUAAAUCGCCUCCUUUCAAAGCUCUUUCAUACGCAUGGGGCGAUAGCAAAUGUACCUCACGUAUCCUUCUCAAUGGUAUUUCUUUCGGCGUCACCUGGAAUCUCUACGAUGCCCUGGAAAUUUUACGAUCGAAAUCGAACGAGUACUUUCUAUGGGUGGACGCACUAUGCGUGAACCAGAAAGACGCUUCCGAAAAGGGCCAUCAGAUUUCGCUGAUGGCACGCAUCUACUCUGAGGCUCAUGAAGUCUUGUGCUGGCUCGGGCCGUCUACCGAUGACGGUUCGGUUUUGCCGUUUUUACGAAAGUGCGCAGAAUUGGGUCGUGCACAAGAAGUACCCUUGCCCACUCCAGACAUCUUGACAACUUUCGCAUCCAAGUCGAACGCGGUUCGGAGCAUACUUCUCCGGCCGUACUGGUAUAGAGUAUGGGUGGUCCAAGAAAACGCAUUAGCCAGGAAACGCCUCUAUUUAUGUGGAAGUCAUGAGAUUAGCAGCGACGAUCUUUAUUGGGGCCUGGCACAGAUAAAAGAUACUCUCUUCCUGGCACCGGAACGGCUUUGCAAUCAGUCGUUUUUGCAGGCAGCCGACGACGUCCACAACUUCCAUGGCUACAAGAUGCCAGCCAACACUCUCAUAGCACCUCGCAAGCUCUAUAAUCAUACAAUGUCAGAGCCUCUUUCCCUAUUAAACGAAGUAAUGAUGGAUACAGCCCGGCUUACGGCUACGGAUCCUCGGGACCAUCUCUACGGCAUCCUUGGUCUGUUUCCUGACCUGGCUCACCUGAUCAAGGUGGAUUACAUCAAGAGCUCGGCUGCCACUUUCUUGGAUUUCGCCCUACUAAAUCUGAAGGAAAACCCCAGACUCAUAGCGCGUUCUGGAAUUGGACACAAGUAUUGUACUCGGGGGCGUAGGUCUUGCGAUAAUCUGCCGUCGUGGGUCCCAAAUCACAGCGGGCCUUUUGUCGAGAGCUAUGCUGGUAUCAGCCCUUGGACGAAGAACAGAUAUGUCGAAUUUGAGGCCGGAAAUUUCUUUCCGCAGGAGCCGGAAUGGCAUGUUGAACUAGUUACCCUGGUUCUUCGUGCAAGUGGUGUAGAGUUGGGCAGAAUUACUUCCGUUUCAAGCCCGAACAUGCCCUUUAACAAGAGAAUGGUCGAGUGGGACUGCUGCGCGGCAAUCAAUGCCACAAAUCAUGCCUAUAGUACUUGGAGGUGGGCAUUUUACCGUACAAUUUUGAUGGAUCGUGACCGCGUGGUAUCAGACAUUCAACAGUCGCCGAAGAACGAAAACGAAACGAUGGAUUCCAUCGAUGAACAGAAUCUCCUCGGCCCCAUCCAUUCUAUGUGCGUGAAAGACGCAUAUGUUCGGCUCAUGCGCUCUGCUUUCAGUUUGUACCCAAGGAGAAUUUCUCGAACAAAGAUUGGCCAUGAUCCACCGGUUCACUCCAUCCCUUCCCUCCGGGCAGAGCGAUCAUACUGGCUUCAGAAGAACAAAAAGUCUCAGCUCAAUGAUCUCUAUCAUAGCGGAGAUAACCAGCCCAGAGUCCAAUCGUUUUCCCAUGACGAAAAGAGGGCGGCUAAAGUGAUGCUAGGAUUUCUGAAACGUACUUUGACCAACGAGGUCGAUAGGAUAACACGGGAUAGAUCCUUCAUUGUUACUGAGUCUGGGCACAUGGGACUGGCCCCGUUAGGCGUGCAGGUUGGAGACCACGUCGUCGUAAUAGGAGGGUGUGCUGUACCUCUCGUUCUUCGGAAGCAGGGCGAAGCUUACCAAGUUAUUGGGGAUACAUAUGUAUGUGGCCUCAUGGAGGGACAAGUGUCUGAGAAUGUGUCUGCUGGAACUGCCCACAUUGAAGAAUUCAAGCUUAUUUAG